ACGUUAGUAGAAGUAGAAACUUAGUCGUCAAACACCUUGAACACUGAAUAGAUAGAAAUUGUAUUAAUUUAUUCGUGUUUAUUUAUUUAUGUUCGCUGCCGAGAUUUAUAAAGAAGACACUAUGUUGGUACUGACUAGAAGGAAAUAUACUUAUGUUACAAUCGCUGUAUGAGUAACUUAUAAAUAAGUGACUAUCAGUGAGUGAUUGCCGCGUACAAGCAAAGCAUAAAUAGUAACCCAUACGAAAAAUUGUAAAUUAUAAAAUAAAGUUUUCGAUAAGCCAAAAAUAUUUUUUUGUAGAGUAUUUCGGUGGGAUUACCAAUUAAAAUGUGCAUCGGUGCGGUGUCCAUUGGUGUUCAAAUAAAUCUCGUUCUGUACCGACUGGUGUUAAAAUGCAUUUGAAAUAUUUUCCGUUACGUGUGAAGAAGUGAAACUAAUUAUUAUAUUUCAAAAAUGUGGAACUCCACAGCAGCGGCAUGCCGCAUGAUGUCUUUCUUUAUUGGUAUCACGCAAGUGUGUUUCAUGCCGGCACCAGUAGGUGAUUGCGAUACGUGUUGUGAUAGAGACGAUACUAUCGACAUUCAGUAUAAGCUUUUUACUCGAGCUAAUCCAAUUUACCACGAAGCCAUCAUACCUGGCGACGCAGAUGCGUUGUCUGAAACGCGUUUCAGUCCAUCCAGACCCACAGUCAUAUAUUUAUUUGGAUUUUCGGAAGCUAUUACGGGAGCCAGUACUACGAUGUUAAAGAAUGCUUUUCUCCAUAGAGGUGAUUACAACUUUAUUGCAGUGGAUUGGUCUCGACUUGUAGUUUUUCCUUGGUAUGUUUCUGCAGUAAGAAAUACAAGAUACAUGGGAAGGCGCCUUGCCGACUUUGUAGAGUUUUUGAACUCUACUGGCGUUCCAGCCGGAUCUCUACAUGUUGUGGGGUUCUCUUUGGGUGCGGAGGCAGCUGGGUUUGCGGGGAAGGACCUCAAAGCUAGGGGAUUGAGGUUGGGAAGAAUAACUGGUUUGGACCCAGCAUAUCCCGGUUAUGGUUUUGAAGGGAAAGAAGCCCAUCUUUCAAGAGGGGACGCCAUAUUCGUAGAUGUCUUGCAUACAAACCCUGGGUUGUUUGGCUUCCCCCGACCCAUUGGUGAUGUAGAUUUUUACCCUAACCCUGGGCAAUGGAUCCAGCCUGGGUGCUGGUUCGACCAGCUUGUGAAGAAUAGCGAGCUAAGUUAUUUUUAUGGUUGCAGUCACAACCGUUCGUGGAGAUUGUACGUGGAAUCUGUGCGAAAUCCCAGGGGCUUCCCAGCGACUCUGUGUAGAGACUGGCGGAGCGGAACUGCCUCGUGCAGUUUUAUAGUCGACGGUUAUAUGGGCUUUGGAGCCCAGCCACCGGCAAAAGGAAAAAUGUAUUUGCUAACGAACGAUAAACCGCCAUAUGCAAAAAAUGGACCCUGAUCAACAAUCUCGACGUUAAGAAGUAAUAUUAUGUAUUCAAAAGUCAUUACAAUAAUUAUUUAAA